AUCAGUGGGGGAAAUCCAAAAGCCAGUAAAAGAGGGAAAAAGGAAAGUGUCAAAGCCAACAGAUCAAAUCGGCUCCCCGAAGUACCGAAGCCCACUCCACUUUCCUCCCCCCAGCGAGUCCUCACUUUCUCGCAACCGUCCCUCCGCCAUCGCUGCUGGUCCCCCAGCUCUCCAAGCUCCAAAAUCCUGCCAAAAGAUAAGCUCAAAAGGCGACACCAGAAAGAUAGUCGUCGUCGUCGACGACGACAGCGCUGUUUCCUCUCUCGUCGUUUCCUUUCUCCUGUCGCCAUCGCUGCUGUUAGUUACUGCUCCUUCAAUAAUCGUCGUCUCUGUCUCGCUCCGAUAUCGCUUAGUAGUACCUCGCAACAAUAACGAGUGGAGAGGUCUAGGGGAGAAUUGGUAAGUUGCUGGUGUGCAAUUGCUGUUCUAGGUAACGGUUAGGGUUUUGGAUGUGGUGGGAAUGGAGGCGAGAAUGAAGAAGUACCGGCAGGUUAGUCCGGAGCGAGCCAAAGUGUGGACGGAGAGGUCGCCGAAGUACCACCAGCAUCGCAAAGUCCCCGUCGUUUAUUACCUCUGCCGGAAUCGUCAGCUCGAGCAUCCUCAUUUCAUCGAAGUCCCUCUCUCGUCGCCCGACGGUCUCUACCUCAGAGAUGUGAUUGAGAAGCUUAACGUGCUGAGAGGCAGAGGAAUGGCUUCCAUGUACUCAUGGUCCAGCAAGAGAAGCUACAAAAGUGGAUUUGUUUGGCAUGACCUUUCUGAGGAUGACCUGAUUGUUCCUGCUCAUGGAAAUGAGUACGUUCUCAAAGGUUCUGAACUAUUUGAAGAUUCCAACCCAGAUCGUUCCGCCAUUGUUGGAACAGUGAAGAUCCAGAAUAAUCUGAAACAAUUGCCGGAACCAUCUUCUUCCAGAAGUCAAGACGAUUCUUCAUCUUCAUCAAGCUUGUAUGGGAAGGAAACAAAGCUCUCUCAGGAGGACGAGCUUUCCCCUCCAGGGCAACGUCGUGAUGGUUCCUCUAGCAUAUCUCCGGAGUCCAGAGAUGGGAAAAAUUCUACUUGGAGUGGUUCUGUCGGGUUGACAGAAUACAAGGUCUACAGAAGCGACGGGGUUGCACAUGCUGCCACUCAGACUGAGGAGAAUAAUGUAACCGGGCCUAAAUCAAGAGAGACUUGCACUCGAGGCGUCUCCACUGACGAUGGUUCGCUAGAACGUGAAUGCAAUGGUGAUUCUCAGAGGCAGUUGCCUCGUGCGAAGAAGAAUUACUCCGAAACGGGCGAGAAUUCAGCUUCACCUCCACCACCAUCUACUACUUCCAGUGGUGCAUCUUCAUCUGGCGGCAAAACCGAAACUUUGGAGUCUUUGAUCAGAGCCGAUGUGAAUAAGAUCAACAGCUUUAGGAUACUGGAAGGGGAAGAUGUUCGGAUGUCAACAAAUCCACGAUUAAAGGCCACGAACGUGCUGAUGCAGCUGAUCUCCUGUGGGUCUAUAUCAGUGAAAGAUCAUAGCUUUGGCCUCAUCCCAACUUACAAGCCGAAAUUUUCCCAUUCUAAAUAUGCCUCUCCAUUGUUCUCGACGUCAAUCAUGUUUGGAGAGCUCGAUUGCCUGUCGGAGAACCCUAGGUUGAUGAGCUUGAGACUGGAAGAUAAAGAGUACUUCAGCGGGAGCUUGAUCGAGACAAAAUUGCCCAAGGAGGAAGCAACUACCCUGAAACGCUCCUCCUCUUAUAAUGCAGACAGGACGUCUAAGCAACUGAAUCCGAGCGACAAUGGUGAAGAAUCAACCUCUGGAGUGGGUUCAAAGUGCAUUCCGCUAGCAAUGAAGGCCUCCUCGAGCAAGCACCCUCGAUCUACCACAAUGCGCUCCCCUACCUCCGAAAAGCCUCGAAACUCGUCUGAUGGGGCAGCUGGCCUCGAGACCCCUCAAGGUGGCAGCAAAAGAGUCGUCACAGAGCCCGGCUCCGGCAGAAAACAGCCCCCGAAACUGGAAUCCUUCAGGGAAGUAGAGACUAACAACAACAACAACAACAACAAUGUGAUCCAAAUUGAAGAAAGUUGAGUAUCGACUUUGAUCCAUCUCUCUACAUAUUCGCAUUCUAGCUUAUCAAUAUUCAUCUCCACUGACAUAUCAACUCAUUACUGUAAACAGGCUUGCUUCAGGAGCUCGGGUUAUAAUCCAGUCCCAGGCAUUACCAUGUCAAGCUGCUGCUUGCGGUUCCUAGCAGACAGACGAGUACCAACCAAGCCUGCAAUUCUGGAAAAAAAGUGUAUGUACCAUCCCAUGUGCAGAAGCUCUGUCUAUCUCCAGAAUGAAAUUCGAAUUUUGAAAUGAUUCGUGGUAUGGCUUUGGGUCGCCCCACCAUCAGCCAUGUGAUUGAUUAUUUAUUUGAUUCGGCUACCGGUAGAAAAAAAUCUCAAAGGCUGGUGGUGAAAAGCAAAGAUAAAAAAAAGGAAAGCCAAAGGAACUCAGUCAUCACUCAUUUGUUGCAGUGGAGCAGCAGCAGAUCUCAGAACUUGUUGUCCCCUCACUGACUGAGAUUUCUCAGCUAGCUUUUACUUGAAUGAGAAUUCCCCUUCCUUUUCCCUCCAUAACGUAGCUGCAGCAUCCCCACUUUUUCCCCCCGUCACAUCAUGUCUCGAUAUCUCACUGCUGAAACUUGAGAGCAGGAUUGCCUCUUUGACAUAAAGUGUUUCAUUUUCCCUACUUGUUUUUGGGCGUGUAUACGGAAGCAGUUGUGCUAUAUUAUAUGCUUACCCUGAGAUGGUGUGUUCAAGUUCAACCCGUGUCGAUGGCAUUGUACCGCUCAACGUGUUUCCUCGAUCGGUGUUAUCUAUAAAACAUACCAUCAUGUUUGAUACAAAGGAAAAGGAUGAUAAUGUGUUAGAGAGCGAGAGCAACCCAUUCACGUCGUAACAAC